AUGGAGAAAAGUAAUCAGCGGAAACGCCCCUCAACUCCCCAUCUCAGCUGCGAGCUCUGCCGCGAGCGCAAGAUCAAGUGUGAUAAGGUCGAUCCCUGCACCAACUGCGUCUCGGCAGGCGUGGUCUGUGUCCCUGUCCAUCGGCCACGCCUGCCACGAGGUGUCCAUGCGCGACGAGCUCGCCCAAUGUCCCCAGCGUUCGUGCCCGCACGCGCGCCUACCCCUGUUGCGGGUCCGGUAUCUUCAGAGGAAAAGGAGACAGAUGUUUCCUCCGGCGCCGUAGGGGCAGUUGACGACGACCUCAGGAAACGCGUCCACCGGCUUGAGGCGGUAGUCAACAGCAUGCGUGCGGCCAUGCAGGACCCGUGUCCGGCACCUGUUAGCCAGUCGGUUUUUAACAAUUCAUAUCCGGCGCCAACAAGCUCAUUGUCAUGCAGUUUGUCCAUUCCAAGUAAUGUCCAGAAGCAACCACCCUUGGCUUCGCACUCUGAUUGUUUCUGGACUAGUUUGGUUGGAGAGAUAGAAGACCUUGGUGGCGACGUAGGAUCGAGCUCAGAGACCAAAUCGGAUAUCCGUAGCCCGCUAGCACCUAACGUGUCCAAAAUGGACGACGGCGGGCUCCGUUUCCUUGGCCUGAGUGGCAAUAAUCUGACCCUUACCUGGACUCCAGUCCUCGAAGACAAAGAAAUGACAAGGCAGUUAUGCCAGAUCUACCUCCAGCAAGUCGACCCCAUCAUUAAAAUCCUGCACCGGCCAACUGUCGAGAAGUGGAUGUUACAUGGGGAGCGGUACCUCGAUUAUCCGGAGAGGCACGUUGCCGUUGAUGCGUUGUCGUCUGCCAUUUGCUACGCUGCUGCCGCGAGUUUGACCGACGAUCAAUGUUCGGCCAUGUUUCAAAGGAGCAGGUUCAGCGGCAUUGUGGAGGAUUCUCGAAGAGCGUGUGAGGCCGCACUGGAGAGAAGUGGGUUGCUAGCCUCUCCCAGUAUCACUGGCCUGCAAGCAUUUGUGCUUUACCUCAUUGCCAGAAGAUCCGAAGACCGCAGUCAGGCCGCAUGGACGCUGACGGCGGUGGCCGUGCGGCUGGCAAAGGCACUCGGUCUCCACCGGAAGCGAGAUGAGACAUUCUUCAGCCAACAGAUGCGCAGGCGGUUGUGGCUCACCAUCUCACUGAUGGACCUGCAAACCUCCUUCAGCCAGGCCUCCGAACCGCUCAUCAACACUGAAGAGGCCACCUCCACAUUCUGUCUGCCCCAGCACAUCAACGACUCGGAUUUCGAUCCAACCAUAACCCAUGAAAUCCCGGACAGGGAGGGGCUGUGCGAUACCACAUUUGCGCUGGUCACGUAUCACAUCCAGCUAGCAGGGCGGGCCCUGAAUUUUGGCGCCGCGGCAUCAACCCAGCACACGGAGUCUCAACAGCAACACGUGCAGCGCUUUGAACAGAAUGCGCUCCGCCUGUUGCACUUUUGCGACCCCGAAUCCUCGCCGUACGCGUGGUUCACCUGGCACGGCACGCAAUGCCUCGUCUCUGGCGCUCGGCUGUCCGCUCUACGGCCGCUCCAGCUCCCGCAACCCAGUAACAGCAGUAGCCAGCCGCAGUCCUCGCCGUCUCCCAGCCCGCAGGAGCACAACCAGGAGCUUCUCCGCCUGGCCCUAAACGUCUUGGAAAAGGUACACCUGAUGCACACAGAUCCCCGCGGCGAGGGAUUCCGCUGGUACGUGACGAUGCCGUGGCACGCGCUGGCGGUCGCCAUCACCGAGUGCUCCCUCUGCCCGGAUGUGACCCAAAUCCAGAGCGCGUGGCCAACCAUCGAGGCAUGUUAUCAGCUGCUGCGCCGCAAAGGAGUCGCCGGCCAGGAGGAAGCAAUCCAGCGUCCACUGGAGAAAUUGAUAUGUCGGGUACGGGACAAGGCAGGCCCUCUUUUGCAGCUCGCAAGGCCUAGUCCGACAUUCAGCCUCGGUAGCAGUGCUGUGACAUCUGCUGCACCCACGCCGCGUUCGCGGGCCAGCAGCGCCCCGAGUGACACCCUCAGCGACCUGUCCUGGCCGACAGCUUUCUCCCAUGCUCAUUCCCAGCUCGGUGUGGAUUUGGCUCCAGUGGGUCCCGUACAGCCGUUGGCCAAAGUCGAUCUGGAUUCGUUGUUGUUACAGUUCGAUAUUGAGAGCCAGCCGCUGCUUGCGGGCCAGAUCCCUCGAGUGGACUCGGAGCCGUCGUGGGAGCAGCUGAUGUCGGAUAUUGAUCAUGCCGAGUCGAACAUGUUUCUUCCUUAG